GCAGUAUUUAUCGACACACAAAUAGGUUAUCGCACUUUGCAGCUGAAAACAAAACAAACAAUUUUUACACAAUAUACCGUGAAGCAAAACAAUUGCAAAUCAUGGAGAAGGCGAAGAAAAAGAAAUACGCCCUAGUUUUCCGAUGUGCGGUGCCCAAGUGCACGUAUGCCAGUCAGCGCUACUACAAUUUGCAGCGCCACAAAAAGGUGCACGAGAAAAUGCGGUGGCGCUCGAAGCGUUUUCCCUGCCCCUGUUGCGUCUACGCGGGCACAACGCGAGCGCAUCUGCGUCGCCACAUGGGCAUCAAGCAUCCCACGGUGGAGAUCAAUCCCGCCGAUCUCAAGGCUUUGUCCUUUGAGCAUUUCGCCGAUGAGGAAAGGGACGAGGAGGAGGAGGAGGAAUUAAAGCAAAAUGAACAAAUGGAGCAAGAGAAGGAACUGGAGCUGGAGGAGGAUGAGGAACAGCUUAAUCAGGAGGAGGAGCUGCAGCUGGAGAAUGAGCUGCAGCUGGAGCACCUAGAGCAGCAGCAAAAGUCGGUCCAACUGUUGAUCAAUGGUCCGGUGACCGUGCUAGAAAUGGUGACGCCUCGAAGACGAGAAUCGUCGCAGAUUUUGCCGGGUGAAAUUUACUCCGAAUACACAUUGGAGGGAGAAGCAUUUCGGCUAAUCCCUGUGGCGCUGUUGCCGCCAGAAGUUGCAGCAAAGGAUCUCUAAUGUAGCAGCUGUAUAAUGGGGUACGUGGAAGUCGGUCAUAUUCAUAGGCACAGGCUGCAGUUCGCAGUUUGGGUUGAGUUCGGAGUUGCAAUUUAAAAAUGGCUUCAGAAAAAAAGCCAUCAAAUAUUAUUAUUAAUAAAUAUCAUAUAAAUGUCAUAUGGCUUGCAAGACGAAGAAGAAGAUAGUACAUAUGAUAAUUAACCGUUAAUUGAUCAGCGAUACGUGAUCAUCGAAGUAGAUCGAUAAGCAGCUGUUUUAAAAAGUUCUUUGGUUAAUUUAAUUUACUAGAAAAACUGAUAAUGAAAAGAAUGAAUUCUUAGCUGGCAAAAUUCAGUUUUAAUCCCAAUUUAUUUUUUAUGUUUGUAAAAAUGUUUUACAGUUUUAUGUUCAAUCGUAUGUCUAUUUGCAUAUUUCCUAAUAGUACAAUAAGUAAAAUAAAUAAUCCACUUUGAUGUCAAUUAAACUUAAUUUUAUAAUAUUUAAUGGGUACAUUUAAAAAAGCUGUGCCUUUGUAAAAAUUAUCAGUAAGCUCAAUUUAACUAAGAAAAAUAAAUAAGACAAAUAUCAAGUCUA